CUCCCUUAUCAUUUGGCCAAUGGAUGUAGUGGACAGGAAGAAGGGCAGUUCUUCUGUGUUGAACAUUGCUGCUUAAUUACCUACAAACACACAGACACACACCACACUGAAGAGAACCAGCCGGCAUUGGGACGUCCUUCUGCUGAGACGCAGCAUGUUGGAAGAGAACUCUGACACAGAGCAGUCGACCAGCGAGGUCGGUGGUAAGCCAGACUACUCGCCGGUGUCGUGGCGGGAGUACUUCGACCAGAUGGAGGACGUGAGCGUGGGACCGGCCGACAGCAGGGACGUCUUCAGGAUUUACAGAGCGGGGACCGACGGACCUCUGCUGGUUCUGUUGCACGGAGGAGGACACUCGGCCCUGUCCUGGGCUGUGUUCAACGCGGCCAUCGCCUGCAGAGUGACCUGCAGGGUUCUCGCCAUGGACCUCAGGGGUCACGGUUCCACCCUGGUCCGCCAAUCAGACGACUUCUCAACUGAAACUAUGUCCAGCGACGUAGCCAAUGUCAUCCGAGCGUGCUACGGCGACACUCCUCCCCCCAUCGUCCUGAUUGGCCACGGUGUUGGUGGGGCGAUCGCAGUGCAUACAGCCAGCAGCACGCUGCUGCCAACCAUGGUGGGUCUGGUGGCCAUAGACGUCGUGGAAGGCAGUGCGAUCGAGGCUCUCCACAGCAUACAGAUCUUCCUGAAGGGAAGACCCAAGUCCUUCAAGUCCAUGGACCACGCUAUCGAGUGGAGCGUCAAGAGCGGACAAAUCAGGAACCUGGAGUCUGCCAGAGUCUCGAUGGUUGGUCAGAUCAAAAGAUGUGACGUGGAGGAGGCCGACACUGUGGAGCAGGCCAGCCCAGUGACCGACGUGGUCGUCGAGCGGAACAAAGAGUUCCACGAUCAAAGCUACAUCAGCGACCAAGAAAACACUGCGUCAGAGGUGAGCCUCAUCGAAGGCCAGACUGUGUACAAGUGGCGUGUCGACCUGUCAAAGUCAGAGAAGUAUUGGGACGGCUGGUUCAGAGGAACAUCAAACCUCUUCCUGGCCUGCAACAUGCCCAAACUCCUGUUAUUGGCGGGGAUUGACCGGCUGGACAGAGAUCUGACAAUCGCCCAGAUGCAAGGUAAAUUCAUGAUGCAGGUGCUGCCCCCCUGUGGUCACGCAGUGCAAGAGGACAAACCAGAGAAAGUGGCCGAGGCUGUGGCCGCCUUCCUGCUGAGACACAAGUUCGCUGACGCCAGAAGAGAAACCAGGAGCGUAAACUCUUUCACGCAAUGAGGUCUGCAGAAGAGCAAUAAGGAGCCACAGCCUCGGAGAUGACUGCUUCCACAUUUUACACAAUCGGACACUUUACCUUACCACAUGACAAAUAUUAUGCCAAGAAAAUGGGAAAUAAUGUGUAAAAAUAUAACUAACAGCGGGUAAAAAACCUGUGGUGACUGUAAUUUGGCUAGUCACAGCUAGCCAAUUAGCAUUAUUCGGCUAAUGUACCCCUAUUUCCUGUAUUUGGACACAACUUUGGAUGUUCUCGCAUCUUUGUGACUUGACAUGACUAAAAUGUAAACGCCAAGUAGCCGAUACUCCUUGUAGUCACCUUCGCAGGAAAAACACUCAACAUUCUCUAGUCUCCAAGCCAAAUUAUUUUACUAGCAGUUAAACUAGCUAGCACUUUAGCUAACCAGCCAGCAGCUGCCAUUAAGCGUAAGUUAGAACGUUGUAAUAGGAAAUUAUAUUUUAAGAGCUGGAAGUUUUAUAGCAUUAGACUUGACACGUGACAUUAUCGACCUGCUGGCCUUCUGCCGUAUUGUUCGUGAUUUUUUUCGUACGUGAAACAAGAAUCACCGAAAAAAAUCAAUUUCACGUUAUCGUGACCAGUGAAACGUGCUAACUAGCUUACAGCAAAGUACGAACGUCCGCGGUGUCCGGGCUGCAAAUUCGCUCGCCACGCUUAGCAGCUAGAUUUGUUUUUUCACAAAUAGAUGACGAUCAAACAUUUAUCUUGUUUGUGUUCAUACAUUUCUGAAUGUGUCUGUUGUUUACUGUACGUAGCAUUAGCGCCUGUUCGACAGUGUUUGUUGUUCAGGAUAAAGUUGACUUGAUGUAUCUCAA